ACAUCGUCUUCUUUUUUUAGGUUAAUGGACAUUUCCAUAAGUGAUUUUCAUAGAAUCCGUCAAAAAGCCGGUGGUCUUAUCAUUAUGUUACCAGACAAUAUGCAAAUUUUAAGCAACGAAGUUAAGGAUCAGAUCUUAAUGCUGGAACAGCAAAUGCUUUCUCAAUCCAUACCCAUUCCAGUUUAUUUUACUCCUUUUACCAAAAACUUGGAACAUAUUAUAGAUGACAUCACAUCAACAGCAAUCGAUAACAACAUGAAAAACAAAACUGCCCUUGGACAACUUUUAUUAUCAGUUAACGCCAAUGGUUACCACAUUACUGUAGAUGGCCAAAAUGGUGUAGCGAACAAAAACAGUAAGGUGUCAACUAUUCAAGGAGAAUUCGUGCCAAAUCCAUUUGCUAUGCAACAGAUGGAAAGUGGUGGCGAUAGCAAUAUCUUACCUCUGAUUUUGAUCACAGCAAAUUUGAAGACAUUUGGCAUAUUUAAUGAUUAUCCAUUAAACGCGGAUACGGCGGUUCUGAUGGCACUAAUAGAAAUAUUUAGUAAAUUGCAUACCAAAAUUAGUACUACGCCAAAAUAUCGCUUAGGAUUCUUGUUAUCGGACUCGGGACUACUACUUAACUUCCAAGGAUCUAAGAAAUUGAUUGAAAUGGAUGAUAACUUAGCAUUACGG